UCACAAGUUGGUCACUCAACCUAUAAUUAGCACACAUUAGGAACACUACCGUGGCCUAUAAAAGCCAGGAACUUGAGUACCGGCUGCAGACGGUGCAAAAUGAUAGAGUCGGGAAAGUGGCCGUCUCCAGGCAAAAGGACCUCCAAAGGCGGUGAGAGCAGGAAGCGUAGGAAGGAGCCGAGUUCGCUCAGGACGGCCGUACUGGCCACAUUCUGGGAGUACACGGAGCGGACCAAGGUUAGCGGCAUGUGGCUAAUGCGGCGGAAUCGCACCUACGGCUUGUCCCGGUUCAUCUGGUCCUCGGUACUGCUGCAGCUGCUUCUACUGAGCAUCUACCUCACCCUGCUGCUGUGGCUGAAGUUCUACUCUUACCCCAUCCUAAACACCAUUUCCAACGAUCUUUCCAUUACGGACGUGGCCUUCCCGGGCGUUACCAUAUGCAGCCCAAAAGUGGUCAACUCGGAGCGGGUGGAUCGCUAUGUUAAGACGCUGAAAAUUCCCAAGGAGUACGACAUAGCAGAUGUGAUCGCCGGCUUUGAUUUCCUUAACGCCUUCACGGAUCAGAGCUUUGAGCCGCCGGGACACGAUAGCUAUCGGGCCACCGAUGCCGUGCUUCGGCUGAACAACGUGACCACCUGGGAGGCGGCCAUGGCCGUCAGUCCGGGAUGCUUUGAUUACGUGAAGCGCUGCUUCUGGGGCCACACGGAGUUCCAGUGCAACCAGAGCCACGAGUACCUAUCGUUCAUUCCAACCACCGCGUACCUGGGUCCCUGUUGCUCCUUUAACUAUAAUCCCAGGAACGCCAGCUUCGUGCCCUUCUCGGCCAACAUAUUUGGCAUGGACGGCGGUCUGACCUUCGUGGGUGCGGAGGGCAGCGAGCGGAACCUAAACACCGGCCUGAUUGUCCUGGUCCACCACCCCAUGGACUACGUGACUGAGGCGGCUGCCUCGGUGACCAUUACCGCUCAAUCUGAGAGCUUUGUGGAGGUAUCGCCCACGGUGCAGAGCUCCUCGGUGGAGGUGCUGGAGCUUUCGGAACGUAAGAGGGACUGCCUCAUCUCGGGCGACCUGCAGCUGAGCAAUUAUCGCCAGGCCGCUUGCCUCCUCGCCUGCCAGACGGCGGCCAUCGUCCAGAAGUGCGGCUGUCAUCCAUAUUUGCUGCCCAUCGUGGGCAACAAGUUCAAGGAGUGCAAUCUAAACGACACCUUCUGCUAUUCCGCCAACUAUGAUAACUUCAAAAGUGUGCGCUGUGAUCAGUGCCUGCCCAAUUGCUAUGAUGUCACCUACUCCACGCUGUCCUAUAAAACAGAUCUCAACCAGCAUCGGUACUCCGUGAGCCGCUUCUAUUCUACGGAACUGCGAAACAACGAUAGUUUCGUUCUCCGGGUCUACUUGGCCAAGCAAGUGGUUCCAGUUAUUCGGAAAGUAACCGUUAUGUCUUGGGUAGGACUUUUAUCGGACUUGGGUGGCAUCUUUAACCUCUGUCUGGGACUAAGUAUGAUUUCUGUGGUUGAGUUCUUUUACUACUGCACGUAUCGCUUAUAUAUCAACUACCAACUGCAGAAGGCUCAGCAACCCAGGAAGGCAUGGCAAUAAAUUUAAUACAAAAUAAUAUUUAUGCCAGUAAAUUAAAGUCUUUCAAUAAAAAUCGAAAAU